GCGCGGCGCGGGGUGCCGCUGCGGCGCCAUCAUGAGGCGCACGAAGGCCGACGUGGAGCGGUACGUCGCCUCCUUGCAGGCCGCCGCGCCUUCGCCCCGAGAGAAAUCGAUGAAAGGAUUCUUCUUUGCUAAACUGUAUUAUGAAGUAAAAGAAUAUGAGCUUGCUAAAAGGUACAUAUCUACAUAUCUCAAUGUACAAGAGAGAGAUCCCAAAGCUCACAGGUUUCUUGGACAGCUUUAUGAAGCUGAGGAUAACAUAGAAAAAGCUGUUGGGUGUUAUAAGCGUUCUGUGGAGUUGAAUCCAAUGCAGAAAGAUCUUGUACUGAAGAUUGCGGAGUUACUGUGCAGUAACGACAUUACUGAUGGAAGAGCAAAAUACUGGGUUGAGAGAGCUGCUAAACUCUUCCCUGGGAGUCCUGCUGUUUACAGAUUGAAGGAGCAGUUAUUGGAUUGUAAAGGUGAAGAUGGAUGGAAUCAGCUUUUUGACUUGAUUCAGGCAGAGCUCUAUGCAAGACCAGAUGAUGUCUACAUAAACAUCAGACUAGUUGAGCUCUACCGUUCAAAUAAUAGAUUCAGAGAUGCUGUGCUUCAUUGCCAGGAGGCAGAGAAGAAAAUACCUUUACAGUCAAGCUUGGAAUGGUGUACCUGUGUUGUAAAGACACUUGAGGAAUAUCUGGAAACUAUCCAAGACUCAGAGUCUGAUAAAAUUAAUUGGAGAUCCACCAAGAAGGAUCUGUUGCUCGCCUAUUCCAGCUUUGUCAAAAUGACACUUUCUUCUAGAGAUGUUCAAGAAUGUAAAGAGUCACUUGAAAGUUUUGAUCAUGUGCUUCAGUCAGUGAAACCAUAUGUGAAUGGGACAGAUGAGUUGUCUCUCACCUUCCUGGAAAUGAAAGGACACUUCUACAUGCAUGCAGGAACUUUGUUACUCAAAAUGGCCCAACACAGUGAAGCACAGUGGAGAGUUGUAUCUGAACUGGCAGCACUGUGUUAUCUGAUAGCUUUCCAGGUUCCUAAACCAAAAUCAAAACUAAUAAAGGGGGAUCAAACUGGACAAGAUAUGCUGGAAAUGUUGGCCUGUGAUCGAAAAAGCCAGUCUGGUCACAUGCUGCUGAACUUAAGCCAUGGCAAGCAAGACUUCUUUAAAGAGAUUGUGGAAUCUUUUGCAAAUAAAAGUGGUCAAUCUACGUUGUUUGAUGCCCUCUUUGAGAGUGGAGUUUCUAAGGAGAGAUCUUUUCUUGGCACAGAUGAUAUUGGAAAUGUCAGUACACAAGCACCAGAACAAAUGGAACUUGCUAGAUAUGAUAUUGGUGCUGUUCGGAUGCACAAUGGUAGUCUCCAACACCUUGUAUGGCUUGGCUUGCAAUGGAAGUCUAUGUCAGUCUUGCCUGCAAUACGCAAAUGGUUAAAACAGCUCUUUCACUUGCCCCAAGAAACAUCAAGACUUGAAACAAAUGCUCCUGAAUCUAUUUGUCUGUUGGACCUCGAAGUGUUUCUACUUGGGGUGGUAUUCACUAGCCACUUGCAACUACAAGAGAAGUUUAAUACUCACUACAGUGUACAUCAGCCUCAAUUCUUACCACUGCCAGUGUGCAAACAGCUCUAUACUGAAAGGCAAAGAUCCUGGUGGGAAGCAGUUCGUACUCUUAUUCACAAAAAAACAAUACCAGGAACAGCAGCAAAACUGAGGCUUCUAGUACAGCAUGAAAUAAGUACUCUGCGAGCAUUGGGGAAACAUGGCCUUCAACCUGCCUUAAUUAUACACUGGGCAAAAAGCCUGCAAAAAAUAGGCACUAGCCUUAACUCUUUCUAUGACCAGAAGGAGUAUAUUGGACGAAGUGUUUACUACUGGAAGAAAGUGUUGCCUAUGCUGGAAACUAUCAAAAAGAAAAGAAGUAUUCCUGAACCUACUGAUCCUCUUUUCAAACACUUCCAUAGUGUAGACAUUCAGGUCUCCCAGGUUGCAGAGUAUGAAGAGGAGGCACAUAUAGUGUUUGCAAUGUUGGAUGCAGUUGAUGGCAAAACUGACGAUGCUUUGUUAGCAUUUGAAGCUAUUAAGAAUGUGGUUUCAUACUGGAAUCUUGCCUUGAUCUUCCAAAGAAAGGCAGAAGAAAUUGAGAAUGAUGCCAUGUCUCCAGAAGAACAAGAAGAACACAAAAGCUAUCUUCUUAGAAGUAGGAAUUACCUAAUAAAGAUCAUGGAUGAAAGCUUCUUGGAUACCUCAGUAAUAGAGAAACUGCCAGUGUCUAUAGAAACUGUUAAGGAAAUGCUGGAUACAGUGAUCCAGGAACUUGGAGAGAAUGGUGAAGAGGGAAGUUUGGCCUUCAGAAGUGAUAUGUCACAAGCUGUAGAUUCAGAGAUCAGACAUUCUACUCCACCACCAACCAAGUUCUCUCUAUCACCAACUAAAAGCUAUAAGUUUUCUCCUAAAACACCUCCUCGAUGGGCAGAAGAUCAAAAAUCUAUACUUCAAAUGAUCUGUCAGCAAGUUGAAGCUUUAAAGAAUGAGAUGCAAGAAAUGAAACUUAACAAUUCCAACUCAAAUGUGCCAUCUCAUCGCUGGCCUUCUGAAAGCUUUGGAACAGAUACAAUGUCAGAUGGUUAUCAGAGAGCACAAAAUCUUCAUGAAGCUCCGUUAACAGUUGCUACCACUGGCCCAUCUGUUUAUUAUAGCCAGACACCUGCCUAUAACUCUCAGUAUCUUCUGAGAACAGCUGCAACUAAUGUAACACCAACAAAGGCUCCUGUCUAUAGCAUGAAUCGACUCACACCUCAGCAACACAUAUACGCUUAUCAACAACCAAUGCAUACACCACCUCUGCAAAACACUUCUGCUUGUAUGUUUUCUCAAGAAAUAUAUGGCACACCCUUGCGUUUUGAUUCUCCUGCUACUGGGCUCAUUUCUCCUCGUGGGGGUGAUGAUUACUACAACUACAGUGUUCCACAAGCAAGUGCAAAUCCUCCACUGCCUGAACCAGGCUAUUUUACAAAGCCAUCAAUUGCACCUCCAUCUUUAAAGCUUGCAGAAUCAAAAGUGAUAGAAUUUGGGAAAUCUAAAUUUGGACAGCCGGUAACAGCAGAAGGAGCAAAGCCCUCUCUGCCAACACCAGCGCAGUCAAGUCAGUCAGCAACUUUUAAAUUCAACACCAACUUCAAGUCUAACGAUGGAGAUUUCACCUUUUCUUCUCCUCAAGUUGCGACACAGCCUGCUAAUGCAGCUUUUAACAGUAGUGAAAGCCUCUUGGGUCUUCUGACAUCUGAUAAACCUUUACAAGAUGAUAGGUACACGGAACAAAAGACAGUUCAUGAUCACACAACUAGUCAAAGAAAUGCCUUCAAUUUUGGCAGUAAACAUAUUCCAGGCAUCUCUUUCACAGAAAGCAUGGGACAAAAUGCACACAAAAACUUGGGUUUUGAAAAGAGUGAUAUGUUUAGUUUCCAGGAACCAAAACCAGCAUUUGGUACUCCAAAUUCAGAUUUGGCUAAUAGAAGUCAUGAAAUGGAGGGAGGAAGCACUCAUGGUGGCGAUGAUGAUGAUGAUGGUCCUCAUUUUGAUCCUGUGGUGCCACUCCCUGACAAGAUUGAGGUAAAGACAGGUGAAGAAGAUGAAGAAGAAUUCUUCUGCAACAGAGCCAAGCUCUUCCGUUUUGAUGCAGAAUCUAAAGAAUGGAAGGAAAGGGGUAUAGGGAAUGUGAAAAUACUGAGGCAUAAAGUAUCUGGCAAAUUUCGUCUCUUAAUGAGACGGGACCAAGUAUUGAAAAUCUGUGCAAAUCACUACAUAAAUACUGAUAUGAAAUUAGCCCCAAACGCUGGGUCAGACAAGUCAUUUGUAUGGCAUGCUUUAGAUUAUGCGGAUGAGAUGCCGAAACCUGAGCAGCUUGCAAUUCGAUUUAAAACACCAGAAGAAGCGAUGGCUUUCAAAAACAAAUUUGAAGAGACACAGGAUAUUUUAAGGACUUCAGGAUCAAAUGUUGACACUUCUGUAACUCAGAGUAGUGGGACUACAAGAGAAACAACAAAUCAGGGUGUCAAGGAUUCUAGCAAAUUGGCUUCUGGGACCCUGAACUUUGGAUUUCAGUUGACAAAAGAUGGAGUGAGUAGUGAACCUGAUAGCAAAGGCAGCUUUACGGCUGCAUCAACAGUGUCUGCUCCUGCCACUUUUUCCUUUGGAAAGGAUGCCCCACCGACCUAUUCUUCUGGUGGGUUUGAACAAUCUAUGCUGAAGAAGGAUCAAUGGGUGUGUAAAAUAUGCUUAGUUCCAAAUGAAAAAACUGUGAAGAAUUGUGUAUCAUGCCAAACUCCAAAUCCAGAUGUCAAGGAAAUACAUGGCACCCCAUUAGCUGAACCUGCUACAAGUUUCAAAGCCAGUGGUGACACUGUGCAGGACAAAUUUACAUCUGCUUUUGCUAAAAAGGAAGGCCAGUGGGACUGCAACGUCUGUUUAGUAAGGAAUGAGCCCACUGCCUCUAAAUGUGUUGCCUGCCAGAAUCCAAGCAAAAAUAAUGCAGCAGUAUUGGCUCAAAAAUCCUUUAAAUUUGGUCAGGGAGAUGGUUCAAAAGCUAUUCAAAAUGACUUGGGAGCUGCAUUUUCUAAAAAGGAAGGUCAGUGGGACUGCACUGUGUGUCUAGUCCGAAAUGAAGCCAGUGAUGUAACCUGUCGUGCUUGUCGGAAUCCUAACUCGCCAGGUCAACCAAAUGUGCCUACACCAGCUGUUCAGGCAUCCACUGCUCCUAGGUUUGGUUCCAUUGCUGAUGCAAGUAAGCCACAGAAAAAUGGAUUUGAAGGACUUUUUACUAAAAAGGAAGGGCAAUGGGAUUGUAAUACAUGUUUGGUAAGAAAUGAAGGCUCUUCUCAAGCAUGUGUAGCUUGCCAAGCACCAAAUCCAUCUGGUAAGCCUGCUGGUGAUACUCCAUCAACUUCUGCUUUUGACUUUAAAAGCAAAUUAUCUGAACCUGCCAGAGGACAAUUGGGAACAGGUUUUAAGUGUGAUUUCUUUGAAAAAAGCUUUAAUUUUGGUCAUUCAGAGCAAGGCAAGACACCAUCAUUUACAUUUCAGAUUCCUUCUGAUACUGAAGCCAAAACUGCAAAGGAAGGGUUUAACUUUUCAAUGCCAGUGCCUGCAGAUGGAUUUAAAUUUGGCAUACAGGAGUCCAGUAAAAAUACCGCUAAGAAAGAUGAUCCAUCAAAGGAGUGUACAACUGGCUUCUUAAAAAGCAUUGAUGAAAAAGACAAAAAGGAGAUGCCUCCAGACAGCGGAACUAGCAUCCAACCUCAAGAAACAGCAAACAAGGAGGGAGGUGACUUUGUUUUUGGGCAAAAUAGCAGCACUUUUACUUUUGCUGAGCUUGCAAAAAAUACUCCUGGGGAAGGGUUUCAAUUUGGCAAGAAAGAUCCUAAUUUCAAAGGCUUUUCAGGAGCAGGUGAAAAGCUGUUUUCUUCACAGACUUCUAAAAUGGAUCACAAAGCAAGCACCUCUGACCUUGGUGAGAAGGAUGAUGAUGUGUAUAAGACAGAGGAUAGUGAUGAUAUCCAUUUUGAACCUAUUGUUCAGAUGCCUGAUAAAGUAGAGCCAUUUACAGGAGAGGAAGAUGAGAAGAUGCUAUACUCGCAAAGAGUAAAGCUGUUCAGAUUUGAUCCAGAAACAAGCCAGUGGAAAGAACGAGGGGUGGGCAACUUGAAGAUUCUUAAAAAUGAAGUUAAUGGCAAAGUAAGAAUAUUAAUGCGACGUGAGCAGGUACUGAAGGUGUGUGCAAAUCACUGGAUAACAACUACCAUGAACUUGAAACCACUGUCUGGCUCGGACAAAGCGUGGAUGUGGAUGGCUAGUGACUUCUCUGAUGGUGAUGCAAAGCUAGAGCAGCUGGCAGCAAAAUUCAAGACGCCAGAGCAGGCUGAGGAGUUCAAAGAGAAGUUUGAAGAAUGUCAGAGGCUGCUACUAGAUAUACCACUGCAGACACCACAUAAACUUGUUGAUACAGGUAGGACAGCUCAACUUAUACAGAAAGCAGAAGAAAUGAAGAGUGGAUUGAAAGAUCUCAAAACGUUUCUGACAGAUGAUAAAACUAAGUUGACAGAAGAGGAAAAUGCAAACUCUGUUUCUGCCAACAGUGCUUCUGAUCUGAUUAUAAAGCCACAUGCUGAAAGUACUGGGCCUACUCUGGAAUGGGAUAACUAUGAUUUGCGUGAGGAAGCGUUGGAUGACAGUAUAAGUAGCUCUGUAUAUGCAUCGCCUCUUGCAAGCAGCCCUGUUAGGAAAAAUCUGUUUAGAUUUGGAGAGUCUACCACAGGUUUUAAUUUCAGUUUCAAAUCUGCCUUGAGUCCCUCCAAAUCUCCUGCCAAGCAGAACCAGAGCAGAACAUCUGUGGGCACAGAUGAAGAUUCUGAUGUUACUCAAGAAGAGGAAAGAGAUGGGCAGUACUUUGAACCUGUGGUACCUCUGCCUGACCUUGUGGAAGUGACCAGUGGUGAGGAAAAUGAGCAAGUUGUCUUCAGUCACAGAGCUAAACUCUACAGAUAUGACAAAGAUGCUAAUCAGUGGAAAGAGAGAGGUAUUGGGGAUAUCAAGAUAUUACAGAACUAUGACAACAAACAAGUGCGUAUAGUAAUGAGAAGGGACCAGGUACUAAAACUCUGUGCCAAUCAUAGAAUAACGCCGGAUAUGAAUAUGCAGCAAAUGAAAGGAACUGAUAGAGCAUGGGUAUGGACUGCAUGUGACUUUUCAGAUGGGGAAAGGAAGGUAGAACUUCUAGCUGUGCGAUUCAAGCUACAAGAUGUUGCAGACUCGUUUAAGCAAAUUUUUGAAGAAGCAAAGCAUGCCCAAGAGAGAGACACACUCAUAACGCCUCUUUCUUCCCGGGCCAAUACACCUAAAGAAUCUCCAUGUGGUAAAACUGCUGUAGCUGUACUAGAAGAAACUACUAGAGAAAGAACUGACCUAAGCCAUGAUGAUGAUGGUUCCGAUGUAACUGUAGAGGCCUCAGAGGUAUCCAGCGCUUCUGAAACACCAACAAAAACAGUGGUUUCUCCUCCAAAGUUUGUAUUUGGCUCCGAGUCUGUCAAGAGUAUUUUCAGUAAUGAAAAGUCGAAGACAUUCACAUUUGGAAAUACUUCGGCUACCGGUUCCCUCUUUGGUUUCAGCUUUAAUCCUCCAAAAAAAAGUGAAGGCAAUAUUCCAAUGUCUCAGAACACAGCGCAGAAAGAACUGGAGGCAGCUGAACCACUGAAAAGCAGUAGUGGUCAUCAAAAGCCACUGGACAGCAAGGUAGACAACUUGGCUACUUCAGCACAGGAUGCACCCUCUAACUUCUCAUUUAGAAUUCUGGAAAAAGGAUUUAAUUUUAGUCUUUUUAAAUCUAAUCCAAUGGCCUUUUGGACAACCACACCUUCCUUGCAACCUGAUAGUGAAGCUGAGAAGAAGAAACUAUCAGAAGAUGAUUUUCCAUCUGAUGAGGUUAUACUUGUUUACGAGUUAACACCUACUGCUGAGCAGAGAGCUCUGGCUGACUUUCUUAAGCUACCUUCAACAUUUUUUUGUUAUAAGAAUAAGCCUGGAUAUGUGAGCGAGGAGGAGGAUGAUGAAGAUUAUGAAACUGCUGUUAAGAAACUUAAUGGAAGACUGUAUCCCAGUGAUCCAGAAGAGAAAGGGAAACAGCAAGAUGCUGCAAAAGUAGGCAUCACAGGAGAAAGUGAAAUGGAGAGUGAAAGAGAAUGUGUUAUUGUUUGGGAAAAGAAACCAACUCCUGAGGAAAAGGCUAAAGCAGAGGCUCUGCAGCUUCCUUCAACUUUUUUCUGUGGUGUUAGCAGUGAUACUGAGGGGGACAGUCCAGAAGACUAUCAGACAGAAGUUAAAAUUCAAGAAAUGAAAGAGAAUGAGGUUACAAGCUCAACUGACUUAGCCUGUACCUGUAAGGAGGAAGUAUCUACUCCAUCAACCAGUGAGGCAACAGUACUUGUCCAGUCAGCUACUAAACAUGAGGAACCAGAUUCCACCAAAGAAACUGUUCAAGUAUCACAGACUUUAUCAGGAACUGAUGACAAACCCGUUGAUUUGUCCACUAAAAAAGAAAGUGAUUCAGACUGUGCAAACCCAACGCAAGAAAACAGAGUCAUCUCAUUUGGUUUCGCGAAUGCUUCAGGCUUGUCAUUUGCAGAUCUGGCUUCCAAAAACUCUGGCGAUUUUGCUUUUGGUUCAAAAGAUAAAAACUUCAAAUGGGCAAAUACAGGAGCAGCUGUAUUUGGAGUACAGGCAGCCAACAAAGCAGAUGAAGAUGAAGGUGGUAGUGAUGAUGAGGUGGUACAUAGUGAUGAUAUCCACUUUGAGCCGAUUGUAUCCUUACCAGAGGUGGAGGUAAAAUCUGGAGAAGAAGAUGAAGAAAUUCUCUUCAAAGAGAGGGCAAAACUUUACAGGUGGGACAGAGAGGCUGCUCAGUGGAAGGAGCGUGGUGUUGGAGAGAUAAAGAUCCUCUUCCACACACAGAAGAAAUACUAUAGAGUCCUAAUGAGAAGGGACCAAGUUCUGAAAGUGUGUGCAAAUCAUGUUAUCACCAAAGCAAUGAAUUUAGUAUCCUCAGAUACAUCAAAUAAUGCUUUAAUUUGGACAGCGACUGACUAUGCUGAUGGUGAAGUAAAAGUAGAACAACUUGCAGUCAGAUUUAAAAGCCAAGAAAUGGCUAAUUCUUUCAAGAGAAGAUUUGAAGAAUGCCAGCUAAAUUUAUCAGAACUACAGAAAGGACAUCUGUCUCUGGCAGCAGGAUUGUCAAAGGACACCAACCCUGUUGUGUAUUUUGAGGUUUCUGCUGAAGAUGAACCGUUGGGACACAUAACCAUGGAGCUGUUUUCGAAUAUUGUCCCUCGAACUGCUGAAAACUUUAGGGCCCUGUGCACAGGGGAGAAAGGAUUUGGAUUCAAGAAUUCCAGGUUUCACAGAAUAGUUACUGACUUUGUUUGUCAGGGAGGUGAUAUAACUAACCAUGAUGGAUCAGGUGGACGAUCGAUUUAUGGAGGAGAUUUUGAAGAUGAGAAUUUCGAAGUGAAACACACUGGUCCUGGAUUGUUGUCAAUGGCAAAUAAGGGCCGGGAUAAAAACAAUUCUCAAUUCUUCAUAACACUUAAAAAAGCAGAACACUUGGACUUCAAACAUGUUGUAUUUGGGUUUGUGAAAGAUGGAAUGGAUGUCGUAAAAAAAAUUGAAUCCUUUGGUUCUCCCAAAGGGCUAGUAAGCAGAAGAAUUGUCAUUACAGACUGCGGGCAAAUAUAGAGUUAUUGCUUUGAGUAUAGAGAUGUUCUAGUGGUAUAAAUCUGUAUUUAGAUGUUAUAGACUAAUUAUUUCAACUUCUCAAAACGGAGACUUAUGUAUAAAUGUAAAAUUACAGCUUACAAUUGUUUUCUUAUGUGUUGUAAUUUUUUUGCAUGUUAAAUAAAAGUUCAGACACUGGCAUAUUUCAGGUGUACUUGUGUUAUCCUGACAUAUUUGUAUUAAAUGUUAAAUUUUAACAAUUAAAUCUUAGUCUUAUUAAAGUAACUAUUGUGUCUUCACUUUACUUUGUAGAAAACUUACCUAAUUUGACUUCCUAUUCAUAAGUUUCUAUUUUUGAAUAUGGAAAUCCUAGGUACUAACUGCUGAUUAGUAAACUGUAGGCCUUUUGAAAAUAUUCCCUUCUAGUCUGAUAAGCAAAAAGAAAGCUGAGGCAGCAGGCACAUAAAUGCUGUUUUGUGCUGUUUGAAGUCUCUGAAUAGUAUUUCAGUAUCUGAAAUCUAGUGAACAGUUCUUAUGUGCAGUCUUUAACACAAUUCCAUUGUUGAGAUUUGUUAGAAAAAUAAAAUCUUUCAGACCCUCAACUCACUGUUUCUUUGUGCGUGCAAAUAAUUUAAAAUGACUUGAUGAAUUGUAGAGUUUAAUGAACACCAUGAAGUGAACUUAGCACUCUUUGGAAAAACUGAAGUAUGAUGUGUUGCUGCAAAUAAGACUGGGAUCUUCUCCUGGUUGUCCGAUCAAUGCACUUACAGUUGUGUUUCCUGUAGCAGAGACUUCUGACCUGAUUACACAACUGGAUAAGUGUAGUGUGCAUACAACUUGUGCUGUCUUACCCUUCUAAAAUUUUAUGCCUCUGAAUAGUGAAAUUGCAUGCUUGUUUUUUUUUUUGUUGUUGUUGCUUUUGCAUCUCAGUGCUGGGAAUAUCAGGGAAUGUGUAAUUCUGUAUUCUAAUUCUAUAUAUAUAUAUAUUUUUUUUUUUUUAAGAAUAUUAAGCAUACUCCUUACCUCAAGCUCUUGUCACAAACAUGUAGGCAUUAGACUGAAACACAGAAAAGCAAAAACUCAGCUCAUAUCUACAUAUCCUAUGAGAAGGCUUGGUUUAUGUAUACAAUUUUAACAUAGGAGUGAACUGCUGACAUGAUACUUGUAUUUUACUUGAAUAAAAUUUGAUCAGGAGUCUGCA